AUGGAUGUUGCUGUAGGACUCCUUGGCGCAGGCGUAGACGUUCAUCCAUUUGUAAGAAUAUCAUCAGAACUCGUUUUCAGAGAAGAGACUGAACCGUCUAAAUUCUUCAAUUAUGAGGAAGGUGGUGAACCUGUAUGGCUGACCAGAACAGAUCUGCGACGUCUUGAAAAUGCAGUAAACAUGCGUCUCUUAGAAUGGCUAGAGUCAGAUCAAAAUAAGCUGAAGUGUGCUAUAGAUAAACAUGGUUUUAACAUACAAGAGCAGAUCGAUUAUAGAAGCAAACCUAUCCUUCAGUGCGCUGUUGCAUUGAAGAACAUAACGGUAAUGGAGCUGAAAGGUAAAGAAAUGUUACCGGCGAUUUGUUUCAAUGAAAAUCGCCAAGUGUGUAAGCUGCUUGCAGAGAAACUUUUCGAACAUUUAAAAAAAUCACAAAGUGAAUUCGAAUCAACUGCCGAGUUUAAGGAUAAAUUUAUGAUAAGGGAUGAACAUGUGCCAAAGGAGAACACAACUUCUGUUCCAUCAGUUUCGGUUGAAUAUGAUGGAAAAAAAUUGGAAUUACUGGUUCGUCAACAAGCUGGUAUUCAGUUGUUCGAACAUUGGACUCAACAAGCUUUAGCUGCUUUCAUCGCAUCAUACGCAAACGAAAAAAGCAAACAUUUGAAUUAUUUCCGACGAAACGAAUACGACUCAUGUAUUCGUGAUGCCAGCAGCACACUCAAAGAUUUAGCAAAAUGUGCCAAAGGCGUUGUGGAUUCGAGGAAAACGCCAUCAUUCAAAAAUAACUUAACGAUGAAAAAAAUCGAUGGACAAUCCUCAGAAAUUGACCAAUCCUCUUCGAUAUCCAGCAAAGAUUCCGAAUCUUCCAACACAUUCACUGAAAAGUCACAAUCGAAAUCAAUGAAAUAUCUGAAAAAGUCGAAGCAUAACGAUGAAAAAAUCUUAGUUGAAUUUAACAAUACCACUCUAUCCGAAGAUGCUCUCGAUGAAAGCGCUAACAACAGCACCACCACCAUCAACAGUGAUUCCUCUGAUUUUGAUUUGAUUGAUUCCAUGGAAGAUGAGGAGCAGAGUGCAGAGAAGAACAUUGAAAAACUGCACGAAGUCAAAAAACGUGUGAAAGGUUCCAAAAUGGAAAUUCUGCAAAAGUUGAAUAUGCGACGGAGAAUAGCACCGAUAAAUGUUCACAAAGCCGACAAAUUCAAUCGUAUGCUACCCGGCAAGCAAAAACACAACGACGAAAAGGAAAUGGGUGAUCAACUCCGUUUGGUGAGAAACAAGCGAAAAGUAGUGUCAAAAUCUGAAUAUGAAUUGCUCAACGAGGACGCUGGUCGUACACCGCUAGGUGUUUUGGCUCGUUCUUUGAGGAAUCUCAUUCAUGAAGUGAAAGGAAUGGCAAGCAAAGAUUUGAAUGUUGCGGAGAAAAUCACCAAGGAAACAACGAAUCGCACUGAAGAGAUGUUGACGAAUGAGGAACGUCAGGCUGAAGAAAGUCUGUCAGAAGCGUUGGUGAUUCCAUUCGAAAUCAUCAGUGAAGCGCUUAAAUUGGGUUUGGUUGCUGCCGAACAUUCGAAUGCAACCGACGGCGAUAACGGUGAUGACAGCGGUUCAUUGGCCAGAGAGAUUGCAUCGGAUUUUGUGGAAAUCUCAACUGCAAACAACACAGACGUUCAACAAAUUGUGAGAAAUCAUAAUAUUUGUUGGAGAGUUGACUGCAAGAGGAGUCCGCCAGAUCUGCCAUCGUUCCUGAGCAAUCGACCGACCGCAACUAUGGAUCAGCAUGAGUUGUUGAAGCUUUUAGCCGAAGUAUCGUCCAUUCCUGGCAUUGGACAAAAGCACAAAAAAACAAAUGAAUUGAAGAAAACCGAAGAACAAUCUGAAUCAAAUGGGACUGAAACUGCUGAGAAAAGAGAAUGUGCGAUGUGCAUCGAAGAAUUAGGUCUACGAGGUCAGCCUCUGUAUUUUACGAAACAAAACAUCAGCAUUGGAGGGAGGAUGGAACGAAUUGUUGGACUAUUCCAGAAAUUGCAUACGAUUACUGGAAACGAGCAGAUCGAACAACUCAACACAUUGGGCUACUCAACGCUAACUAAACUACAAGUUAAACUUGUUUACGGAAGUAAUUCGCCUUUCCAAAGCCGUGAAGCAUUUCAACGUUACGUGAAUGCAGAUGCGCAACAUUUGCAGCGAUACGUUGAAAGGGAUUUGGAAUUGAUCGCAGAAGCGCAGCAGAUAACGCUGGCAAACGAGAACUCACCUGAAGAUUGGCUAGCCCAAGGAAUUGUGCCUCAGCUGAAAGUCCGUUCACCUAAGGGCGACCGAGAAGAAGACCAAAUGAAACGGCUCUAUAUCCUAUCGCGCAUAAUUUUAUCGCCUAUAGCCAUGAUGCCAUCUGUCGUUGGGCCUUACCUGCUCAAUCCAUGGCUGUUCUCACCGUUGUUGACAAGUGCAAUUGUGAACGUUCCGUUCAUUCUGCAUCCGCAGCGAUUCCCCGCACUUCCAUUCUCACCUCUAAUCUAUCGUCCGAAUAUCCUUGUUUUAGGCGUUGUCGACACCAGUUAUGAUCCAUCGAAACGGUUUUCAGCGCAAGUGAUACCCUUAGACUCGUUACCUUCCACAAUGCUUUCACAGUUGAUCGUCAAUCCAGAUCUAUUCGUCUCAUCUGUUUCACUCAAAAAUGAAACUCAACCGGACGUUUUCACGAAUCAAACUGUUAAUUUGACGCCUCAAUUCAUCUAUUCGCUGAUGUUCCCGAAUAAGUUGAACGGACCAUCAUCGUUGAAGUCAUCCUCGUUGAUGCCAACCACAUCAACACCUUCAUCAUUUAUUGUUUCAGAUGAUGACUGA